UCUGGAUCCUAUUUUUCCACCACAGUCCGGAUUCGUGUUUUGUUCUGAAGAUGACAGAGCAGCAGAGAAUGGAAGUCAACAGGACAAAUGGAAAGAAAGUCUUUUCAAACGAGCUGCUGGAAAAUUUCGAUGUCAAAGAGUCAAACCCCGUUGACCCAGCCAUCCAAGGUCAGUGUGGCGCCGACCGGAAGGUCAUGGAUCUCAUACCGGAAGAAGAAGAUGAGUCGACAGAAAUUAAAGACGACGCCAUAGUGAAACGAGCCUGUACCCGGAAACUGCGGUGCACUAUCAAACUGUACCGACUUUGCUGCAGAAGAAAAACAACGUGUGUGAUUCGAACACGAAAAGUGACGAUCCGAAUUCCCGCCAAAAAGUGCAUUUUAUAUCGCCUCAUCCACUGUUCGCGCGUGUGUGUGUAAAUCAAAGAUAAACUAAAACAUUGUGAAUAAAAUUAACUUUAUUUCGUCUUGUGAUGUAAACACA